AACUGAGCGAUAGGCUUGUGAAAUACAAAAUAUUUUUAUUUAAGUUGCUGAACUUAUCUAUUUCAAUAUGUUUACAUGAUGUUUACCUGCAUAAUGUAAUCCUGUUGAAAACUCCUAUAAAAUGGACGGCAGGUGGCUUGGAUCAUCAUCAGUCGGCAACAUGUCUCACAUGACCUUCGUGUGUCUCGCUCUUGUGGCCUGCAUCAUUGCGAUGGCCCAAUCGCAGUGCGUGUCGCGCGUGCGGCAGGUGGUGCCCGUGCAGUCGUGCGGCUGCGGCGACGACCUCACCACAAUCGUGCAGCUGGCCCGCGCGCUCAACGAGAUCGAGGGCGGCUCCUGCGCCAGCCCCGCCCCCAGCUCCAACUCCAACCUCGACACCGACGGCAUCAUCACCAAGCUCAUCAACGCCCUCAUCUACGCCACCGUCGGAGGCAGCCCUGCCAACAACCCUCUCAUCACUCUUGGAGUGGGCGGACAACCUGUCUUGUCGGCGCUGUAAUUAAAUGCUAAUCAUUGUGUUCCACUAUUAUAUUAAAUAUAAUGGUUCCGAGUCUUCAGA